AACAAUUGAGUUAGAAUGUAGCAUCCAUGCUUUGUGCAGGGCUCAUAAAAUAUAUAAGGUCUAAGAGGAAUAAUUUAUGCCUACAAGGUGUUGAUAGUCUAAGUGUAGGUUCAUUCCUUCUGCAAACACAUUCUACCUACUCAAUAGAGUGUCAUCCACAUUUAUAUGGUACCCACUCUAUGCAAGAAUGACUGUGGAAUCAGCUUGGCUGAUCUAGAAAAGACCACAGGAAAGCUCCCCUUAUUCCCUACACUCCCAGGAGAAAAUUUGGACUGAACUGGAACCACAAAAAAAGCUGUUUAGUAUAUAAAGCAGUGAAAAGUGAUAGAAAAACAAAAUACAUUGACUGGGUCAUGAUGUCUCUGAUAAUCCAAACCGAUACGUGAUGGCAUUAAACCAUGUAAAUUUAUAAACACAUCUGGUUGGGCUGUAUGUUGGGAAUAGUACAAAUGUGAGCCUUAUUUGCAAUAGCAGUGCUGGAGCUGCCCACUGAAAAGCUGGUUUUAAGCCAGGUAUAGAAAAGGGCCAGACUAGAUGCUGCUUUCUGUUAGAUUCUUGCUAAUUCUCAGUAACAGAGGCAGGCUUGUAUUCAUAGCUGCAGAGAAAAGGUGCCUGUGGGGAAGGUGACCUGUCAGAUGCUGCCGGACGAGAGGGCUGACAGGGAAGGGAAAAGGUGAUGCUGGUUGACUGGGAAGAGAAAGAGAAAAUAUUUCCAAGAUAUCUGACAGCUAUAUCUUCCCGCCACCACCUUCCUCCAAGCCCAUGUGUCUCUGCUUAGAAGUCUGACAUAGAACGGGGAGGGAACCCACAUUUGUCUCCGUGCUUUCAGUGAAAACGUCGGUGCACAAGGACAGAAACGAGCGCAGCUGAAAAUAGGUGCGUGACUUGUUGAGCAUACAAAUCACUUUCCCCCUUAGUCUCCAAGGGAGGGAAAAUCCCCCCUCUUACUCCUUCCUUGCAGCCGGUGUCCUAUACUGGACGGAGGCGGAGGCCGGUGUUCACGCGCCCCUGCCGCGGUCCCGCAGGACAAACUUUUCUCCCGGGGCCUGCUCGGUGCCCGGCGCUGGGGCGGAGACGGCGGCGUUCUCAGUUCCUCGCGGCCGCCCAGGCCCCGCGACGCGCUGUCUCUUUAAAUCGCAGCUGCGCGCCGGGAAAACAGCGCCCCUCGGCGCCUCGGCCGGCCGGCGGCUGCGAGCCCGCCCGCGCCCCCGUUCCCGCUCCCGGCUGCGCGCCGCGGAGGGCUCGUCGGCCCGCGGGCUGCUCGGCGGCGCGGGGAGGCGCGGCCCGGCCGAGGGGGGAAGGAAGAGCCCGGCGGGCCGGGGAGGCGCCGCGCCCGGUCCCGCGCCCGCGCCCGCGGCCCCGGCGGUCUCCAACGGGCGGACGAGGAUGUGCCGGGGCUCUGGUCUGUUUCUUCCCUCCUGCUCCAGACGAUUUCCAUAGGAACCUGACCCGGGGGCGCCCUGGCGAGCCCGAGGAUCCGCGCGCGCCGGCUCCACCUCGCCAGGUUUACAGGAAUUAUUUAUGAAAAUGGAAAACUGUGAAGAAAGAAAAAGAUAGCAGUUGGAGUUAAAUUUCCUGGAGGAAUAUUUUGCUUUUGAGGUGUCAGCAUUUAAAAACGAUAUGCUGAUUUGGAAAGUCCCAGGAGUAAAUUGCAAAAUUCAUUUUUUUCCAUUCAAUCAAUGGAUUUUUUAAUCCUUCCUUGGAGUUGAUGGAGAGAGGUGUUGUGCGACGGGAACGCGGCAUGCCGGGGUUCUCCCGGUGACUGUGUCUUGGAUUAGUUUCCUGCUUUCGUGAAGAGAUUCCAUUCUGGAGGGUAAGAUCUGAUGGGAUGGAUUUGUCUUCAGAGAUGAACAGACAUGGGAAGAAUCCAGUGAGUCACAAGCUAGAAGAUCAGAAGAAGAUUUACACUGACUGGGCCAACCACUACCUAGCAAAAUCGGGUCACAAGCGGCUGAUCAAGGAUUUGCAACAAGACAUUGCAGAUGGAGUAUUGCUAGCUGAAAUCAUCCAGAUCAUUGCAAAUGAAAAAGUUGAAGAUAUCAAUGGAUGUCCUAGGAGUCAAUCUCAGAUGAUUGAAAAUGUUGAUGUCUGCCUUAGUUUUCUAGCAGCCAGAGGAGUAAAUGUUCAAGGUUUAUCUGCUGAAGAAAUAAGAAAUGGAAACCUAAAAGCCAUUCUAGGGCUGUUUUUCAGUUUGUCUCGCUACAAACAGCAGCAGUAUUACCAGUCCCUGGUGGACCUUCAGCAGCGGGGCCCCGAAGCUGGUCAGGCCAAAACCCAUCAAGACAUGCAGUCCAGUCUGGCAGCCAGAUAUGCAACUCAGUCUAAUCACAGUGGAAUUGCAACCAGUCAGAAAAAGCCUACUAGGCUUCCAGGCCCCUCUAGGGUACCAGCUGCAGGCAGCAGCAAGGUCCAGGGAGCCUCUAAUCUAAAUAGGAGAAGUCAGAGCUUUAACAGCAUUGACAAAAACAAGCCUCCAAAUUAUGCAAAUGGCAAUGAAAAAGAUUCCUCCAAAGGACCUCAGCCUUGUACAGGUGUAAAUGGUAACAUGCAGCCCCCCGGCCCCGCCGGGCCACCCCCUGCCUCCGCCAUCCCCGCUCCCAGCGCCAGCAAGCCCUGGCGCAGCAAGUCCAUGAACGUCAAGCACAGCGCCACGUCCACCAUGCUGGCCGUGAGGCCGUCGAGCCCGGCCACCUCGCCCACGCCGUCCGCAGACAGACCGAAGGCCCCGGUCUCCGAAGGCGUCAAGACCGCCACCUCGGGGCAGAAGUCCAUGCUGGAGAAAUUCAAGCUGGUCAAUGCGCGGACUGCUCUCCGCGCCCCGCAGCCUCCCAGCGCGGGGUCCAGCGAGGCUGCCAAGGACGACGACGCCUUUUCUGAAUCGGGUGAAGCGGAAGGUUUUAUCAUCAGCGGCCUGAACAGUGGUGGCUCAAUAAGUAGCAGCCCCAAAGUGUCACCAAAAUUAACGCCCCCGAAAGCUGGAAGCAAAAAUCUCAGCAAUAAAAAGUCUUUGCUACAGCCAAAGGAAAAAGAGGAGAAGAGCAGGGACAAAGGUAAAGUUUGCACUGAAAAGCCAGCCAAGGACGAGAAAGACCAGGCGCCGGAGCCGGCUCCGAAGAAGGCCUCCAAGAUCGCGAGCCUGAUCCCCAAGGGCAGCAAGGCGGCGGCGGCGGCCAAGAAGGAAAGCCUGCCCGCGCCCUGCAGCGGGAUCCCCAAGCCCGGCGCCAAGGUGCCCGCGGCCAAGCCGCCCGCGGCGCCGGGCGGCAGGGAGCCGGAGAGGGCCCGGCCAGGGAAGGCGAGCGCGUCCCAGCCGGCGCCCCGGCCGCCCGCCGACAGAGGCCCCGCGGAAGGGCGCGCCCCGGCCGCGGCGGGGGCAGCGUCGGGGGCCCCGGGCGGGCCGAGCGCGGGCGGCGGCGUCCAGCUCCCGGCGCAGCAGCCCAGCCGCCCCAACACGGCCACUGUGGCCCCGUUCAUCUGCAGAGCACAUUCAGAAAAUGAAGGUACCUCUUUAUCAUCUGCCGACUCCUGUACCAGUCCUACUAAGAUGGAUUUAUUAUAUAAUAAGACUGCUAAGCAGUGUCUAGAGGAGAUAUCUGGUGAAGACCCCGAAACCAGAAGAAUGAGAACGGUUAAAAACAUAGCAGAUUUGAGGCAGAACUUAGAAGAGACUAUGUCCAGUCUUCGUGGGACCCAGAUAAGCCACAGCACCCUGGAGACAACGUUCGACAGCACAGUGACAACAGAAGUGAAUGGAAGGACCAUCCCCAACCUGACGAGCCGACCCACGCCUGUGACCUGGAGGCUGGGCCAGGCGUGCCCCCGUCUUCAGGCUGGCGAUGCCCCCUCUCUGGGUGCUGGCUACUCUCGCAGCGGGACCAGCCGGCUCAUCCACACAGAUCCCUCAAGGUUCAUGUACACGACACCUCUCCGUCGGGCGGCUGUCUCUCGGCUGGGAAACAUGUCACAGGUGGACAUGAGUGAGAAAGCGAGCAGUGACCUGGAUGUGUCUUCUGAAGUUGACGUUGGUGGAUAUAUGAGUGAUGGUGACAUCCUUGGGAAAAGUCUCCGGUCCGAUGACAUCAAUAGUGGAUACAUGACAGAUGGCGGGCUCAACCUGUAUACUAGAAGUUUGAAUCGAAUACCAGACACAGUGACAUCUAGGGAUGUCAUUCAGAGAGGGGUUCAUGACGUCACAGUGGAUGCAGACAGCUGGGAUGACAGCAGCUCGGUGAGCAGUGGUCUUAGCGACACGCUUGAUAACAUCAGCACGGAUGACUUGAACACCACCUCCUCAGUCAGUUCCUACUCCAACAUCACCAUCCCUUCCCGGAAAGGCACCCAGCUGAAGACAGAUUCAGAGAAACGUUCUACAGCAGAUGACACAUGGGAUAGUACUGAGGAGCUGAAAAAAACAGAGGAGGACUUUGACAGCCAUGGGGAUGGUGGUAGCAAGUGGAAGGGUGUUGCCUCAGGAAUUGCAGAAGACCCCGAGAAGGCAGGGCAGAAAGCCUCCCUGUCCAUUUCACAGACAGGUUCCUGGAGAAGAGGCAUGUCUGCCCAAGGAGGACCACCAUCCCGGCAGAAAGCUGGGACAAGUGCACUCAAGACCCCUGGGAAAACUGAUGAUGCCAAAGCUUCAGAGAAAGGGAAAACGGCCCUGAAAGGCUCGCCUCUACAAAGGUCUCCUUCAGAUGCAGGAAGAAGCAGUGGAGAUGAGGGAAAAAAGCCCCCCUCAGGCAUUGGAAGGUCAACUGCCACUGGCUCUUUUGGGUUUAAGAAACCAAGCGGAGUAGGGUCGUCUGCUAUGAUCACAAGCAGUGGAGCGACAAUAACGAGUGGGUCAGCCACGCUGGGUAAAAUCCCCAAGUCUGCUGCCAUCGGUGGAACAUCAAAUGCAGGGAGAAAAACCAGUCUGGACGGCUCGCAGAAUCAGGAUGACGUUGUGCUUCACGUGAGCUCAAAGACAUCCCUACAGUACCGCAGCCUGCCCCGCCCCGCGAAGUCCAGCACCAGUGGCAUUCCGGGCCGGGGGGGCCACAGAUCCAGUACCAGCAGUAUUGAUUCCAAUGUCAGCAGCAAGUCAGCGGGGGCCACCGCCUCUAAACUGAGAGAACCCACUAAGAUUGGGUCUGGGCGCUCCAGUCCCGUCACUGUCAACCAAACGGACAAGGAGAAGGAGAGAAUAGCAGUCUCGGACUCGGAGAGUCUGUCUUUAUCAGGUUCCCCCAAAUCCAGCCCCACCUCUGCCAGUGCCUGUGGGACACAAGGGCUCAGGCAGCCAGGAUCCAAAUAUCCUGACAUUGCCUCACCUACAUUUCGAAGGUUGUUUGGUGCCAAGGCAGGUGGCAAAGCCGCCCCCGCACCUGGUGCCGAGGGAGCGAAAGCGCCCUCCGUCGUGCCUGGCCCCGGCGCCGCCUUGGCGCGGCAGGGCAGCCUGGAGUCGCCGUCGUCGGGGACGGGCAGCGCGGGCAGCGCGGGCGGGCCGAGCGGCGGCAGCAGCCCGCUCUUCAGCAAGCCCGCAGACCUAGCUGCAGACGUGCUCGGCCUCAGCGCCUCGCUGGCGUCCAGCCCCGCGUCGGGCGGCCCGGCGUGGGCGGCCACUCUGAGCAGCUCCUCCGCGGGCAGCAAGGACACGCCGAGCUACCCGUCCAUGACGAGCCUGCACACGAGCUCCGAGUCCAUGGACCUCCCCCUCAGCCACCACGGCUCCCUGUCCGGCCUGGCCGCGGGCGCCCACGAGGUGCAGAGCCUGCUCGUGAGAACGGGCAGUGUGCGAUCCACGCUCUCGGAAAGCAUGCAGCUUGACAGAAAUACACUACCCAAAAAGGGACUAAGAUACACCCCAUCGUCUCGGCAGGCCAGCCAAGAAGAGGGCAAAGAGUGGCUGCGUUCCCAUUCUACGGGAGGGCUGCAGGAUACUGGCAGCCGGUCGCCUCUGGUCUCCCCUUCUGCCAUGUCAUCUUCUGCAACAGGAAAAUACCACUUUUCCAACUUGGUGAGCCCAACCAAUCUGUCUCAAUUUAACCUGCCCGGGCCCAGCAUGAUGCGGUCCAACAGCAUCCCAGCCCGAGACUCCCCCUUCGACCUCUAUGACGACGCCCAGCUGUGCGGGAGUGCCGCGUCCCCCGAGGAGAGGCCGCGCGCCGUCAGCCAUUCGGGCUCAUUCCGAGACAGCAUGGAGGAAGUUCAUGGCUCUUCGUUGUCACUGGUCUCCAGCACUUCCUCUCUUUACUCUACAGCUGAAGAAAAGGCUCAUUCAGAGCAAAUCCAUAAACUGCGGAGAGAGCUGGUUGCAUCACAAGAAAAAGUUGCUACCCUCACCUCUCAACUCUCAGCAAAUGCUCACCUUGUAGCAGCUUUUGAGAAGAGUUUAGGGAAUAUGACGGGCCGAUUGCAAAGUCUAACCAUGACAGCAGAACAGAAGGAGUCUGAACUUAUAGAACUAAGAGAAACUAUUGAAAUGCUGAAGGCUCAGAACUCUGCUGCCCAGGCAGCCAUUCAGGGGGCACUGAAUGGGCCAGACCACCCUCCCAAAGAGCUCCGCAUCAGGAGACAGCAUUCCUCCGAAAGUGUUUCCAGUAUCAACAGUGCCACGAGCCAUUCCAGCAUUGGCAGUGGUAACGAUGCUGACUCCAAGAAAAAGAAAAAGAAAAACUGGCUGAGAAGCUCCUUCAAGCAAGCCUUCGGCAAGAAGAAGUCCACCAAGCCUCCUUCCUCCCAUUCGGACAUUGAGGAGCUCACCGACUCGUCGCUGCCCGCGUCCCCCAAGCUGCCCCACCGCGCGGGCGACUGCGGCGCGGCCGCCCUGAAGCCCUCGCAGUCGGCCUCGGCAAUCUGUGAAUGUACGGAGGCUGAGGCAGAGAUAAUUCUGCAGCUGAAGAGCGAGCUCAGAGAAAAGGAAUUAAAAUUAACGGAUAUUCGGCUGGAGGCCCUCAGUUCUGCUCACCAUCUUGACCAGAUCCGGGAAGCCAUGAACCGGAUGCAGAAUGAAAUUGAAAUACUGAAGGCUGAAAAUGACCGUUUGAAGGCAGAGACUGGUAACACAGCUAAGCCAGCUCGGCCACCAUCAGAGUCCUCAGGCAGCACUUCUUCUUCAUCCUCCCAGCAGUCUUCGGGACUGUCUCUCAACAAUCUGAACAUCACAGAGUCUGUUACCUCAGAUAUUUUGCUAGAUGAUGCCGGUGACACAGCUGGACAUAAAGAUGGCCGCAGUGUGAAGAUCAUAGUGUCCAUAAGCAAGGGCUACGGUCGUGCAAAGGAUCAGAAAUCUCAGGCAUAUUUGAUAGGAUCCAUUGGUGUUAGUGGAAAAACCAAGUGGGAUGUCUUAGAUGGUGUAAUUAGACGUCUCUUUAAGGAAUAUGUAUUCCGAAUUGAUGCGUCCACUAGCCUUGGUCUGAGCUCUGACUGUAUUGUUAGCUACUGUAUAGGGGAUUUAAUUAGAUCCCACAGCCUAGAAGUACCUGAACUGCUGCCUUGUGGAUACCUUGUUGGAGAUAAUAACAUCAUCACUGUGAACCUGAAAGGGGUAGAAGAAAACAGUUUGGACAGUUUUGUUUUUGAUACGCUAAUUCCUAAACCAAUUACCCAAAGGUACUUUAACUUGUUGAUGGAGCAUCACAGAAUUAUACUCUCAGGACCUAGUGGUACUGGAAAGACCUAUUUAGCAAACAAACUUGCUGAAUAUGUAAUAACCAAAUCUGGGAGGAAAAAAACAGAGGGUGCAAUUGCCACUUUCAAUGUGGACCACAAGUCAAGUAAGGAACUGCAGCAAUAUCUAGCUAACCUGGCUGAGCAGUGCAGUGCUGAUAAUAAUGGUGUCGAGCUCCCGGUUGUGAUAAUUCUUGAUAAUCUUCAUCAUGUGGGCUCUUUGAGUGAUAUCUUCAAUGGUUUUCUCAACUGUAAAUACAACAAAUGUCCAUAUAUUAUUGGAACAAUGAAUCAGGGAGUUUCUUCUUCACCAAAUCUAGAGCUGCAUCACAAUUUCAGGUGGGUACUGUGUGCAAACCACACAGAGCCAGUGAAAGGCUUUUUAGGCAGAUACCUCCGAAGGAAACUGAUUGAGAUAGAAAUUGAAAGGAACAUACGCAAUAAUGACUUGGUCAAAAUUAUAGAUUGGAUUCCAAAGACAUGGCAUCAUCUCAACAGUUUUUUGGAAACACACAGUUCUUCUGAUGUUACCAUUGGUCCCCGACUUUUCCUUCCUUGCCCCAUGGAUGUAGAAGGUUCUAGAGUGUGGUUCAUGGAUCUCUGGAACUAUUCUUUGGUACCUUAUAUUCUGGAGGCAGUGAGAGAAGGUCUUCAGAUGUAUGGGAAGCGGGCACCUUGGGAAGAUCCCUCCAGGUGGGUGCUGGACACGUACCCGUGGAGCACAGCGGCUCUACCUCAGGAGGGCCCCACGUUGCUGCAGUUGCGGCCAGAAGACGUUGGGUAUGAGGGCUGUGUAUCCACUAAGGAGGCCACAACCUCCAAGCACAUUCCACAGACAGACACAGAAGGGGAUCCCCUGAUGCACAUGCUCAUGAAACUGCAGGAGGCGGCCAGCUACACGGGCACGCAGGGCUGCGAGGGCGCCGGCGACGGCCAGCACGAGGGCGGGCUGGAGGCAUCGCUGGAGUCCACCCUCUAGAGGGUGCGGGAAGUGAGGGGAGGAGACUACGCUUUGUGAAAGUGUUGUGAAGUAAGGUGUUUUUGCGAAGCCACUGCCGGUAUGGAAGCCUUGCCUGCCAGGGCCCUGACCCAGAGCCGUGGUUUCCAAGGAGGCAGCAGCACCAGGUCUGAGCUUCUAGGCACGUUUAUACGGGCCGGGCGCUAGAAGGCUCCAUCAGUCAGCUGGGAAGGACUCUGGCGGCAGGGCACCUGACUCGAUUGCACAUGGGAUAGCCAAACUGGACUUUCUUUUCUUCCUCUUUAAAAGUUUACAACGCAGACCUUUUUUUGUCCCUUCCUUUCGUGUCCCCUGAGGGGCCACUGUCCCCGUGCAGGGCUCUCUCCUCUCCGUCCAGCCCCCUUUGUGCCCCAUGGUGCUGGUCACAGGGCCCCAGUAGUGUUUGUGCUCUGCGCUCUCCCCAUUCCAAAACGAAGCCAAGAGGUCAGGCCUCGGCAAGCACACAUGGGAUUGUGCCACCCCCAGAAAAAUAGGACUGUGGCAGGGAAGCUGGGAGAGCGCCCCACCCACUUCUCAGUGUAGGAGCCGCAGGUUUUAUAAGGCUGUUUUUACCACAGUGGUCUUUUUAACCCACCUGCCCACGCCCUUCACAAGAGUUUUAUACCAGUUAUUUAGACAACACUGAAAAAAGGCUUUCUUAGGGCUUUCUUCGUGUGAGCCUUUUCAGUGGAAGAAGGAACAUUUCCUAUGGUGCUCUCACUGCCUUAAUCAGACUUCUACGAUAGUUUAGCCAGGGGUUUUAGACCACUGGUUAUUCCCACUGUCUUUUCAUUUAUAACCAAGUGACACCAGUUGAUACAGUAGCCUCAUCUCUCUCUUUUUUGUUUGUUUGUUCGAAGAAAUGGGUAGGAGCAACAUUCGUGUUUUUACCUUGUUGAACAGAUUGCUUUGCCCAUCCUCCACGAUAGCCAAGGAACCCGGAAACCCUCUUUGCCCGUCACUUAAAAGCUGAGCCAUGUGGCUAAAUUUCAUACAGUUCUAGUUGAAAGAGUUUCAGAAGGUGGGAUAUUGAAUUCUUAUCCAGCUGAGCUGCAAGCACUACAGGCAGCAUGAGCACAAUUAUUUGGCUUUCCUCCCCGCUUUUUUUUCUUUUUUUAAUGUUUUGAGCAUGUUGUUUUGAUUGCUAUUAUUGUACAUGAGAAAUUCAGCAUUAAAGAACACUGAAGCAGUGAAGUCACUGUGGAAAAAGAAGCGUUUAUACUGUAAAAGAAGGUUAGAUUUGCACAGUCUACUGGGUAGGUAUUGUAAAUAAUAAUUUUAAAAACUUGCACAAAUCCAAAUGACCACACAAAAAAAGUAUUUUAUCCUGUUGGUGUUAAAAGGUGUUUCACUUGCUGAGAUUUCCUGUACAUUGCAAACAAAUACAGAAUGCAGAUUCUCAAAGCUGUUAUUAUCUGGUGUGUUUGUCCUGUGUUUACGGUCGUCAUGACUAUGCAGGAGCUAUCAGUGCUAGAGUGAGCAUGCUUCAGAGCUGUCCGAGAAGCUGGUGCAGUUUGGGAAAAGUAAAAAUGUCUGGAAGUGCAUCUGUUGUGGCAGGCUUUAAAGAGAGUGCAUGAAAACUGAUUGGAGUCUCUGGAGAAGUCACCACCACACACAGGGGACAGGAUUCAGGUGUAUAAAACCCAAGGGCUAGGCCAUGGUGUAGACCUGUCCUGUGCGUGUGAAAAUGUGUUACUUUCAGGAUGCUCAAUUGGUGCUACUCUCUGUGACCACUCAUGAGUCAGUUGCUACAGAACCAUAAUAGCACAAGACAUCUGUGCAGUUCCCGAGUGCCACAAAGUCCAUGGGUCCCACAUGGUGCUAUUGCCCUAAGGGAAGUCAGAACUGAAUUUAUGCACAUAGAAUUGUCACCCUGACUUUGAAGCCUCAAACAUGGAUCAAGAUCUGUUGUGAAACAUCAGUACAUGUAGCUGGAUGAGUGACUAGUUGCCCUUGUACAAUAUGUGACCUAAGAAAAUUGCUAAUCUUUCCCUGCCAUUUUGAGAAACACAGUCCAAACAUGAUCAUACACAGAACUUCCUGCAAUACAUCCCAGUAGGUCCACCUAGUUUACAACUUAAACUAGUUUGUGAAACAUUUGUCUGUAUACAUUUUAUAUUUUGUACAUUUUUGAUGUAACAUAUCAUGUAAAUAGGCAGAAACAGUGAAAUAAAUCAUCUGAAAAGUUUUGUAGUCUUUGUAAAGCCCCAACAAUAAGUACUUGGUGUCAAUGGACUUAACUGGAUGAUGUAUUUUCUAUUGGUUUAUUGUUCCUCUAGCUUGUAAACCAGCUUGCAUAUAUUUUUUUGCAAAUGUGCACCCUGUGUCUGUCUAAAUUAUUACUUUGCCAUUAAAGUGGAAUUAUUUAUUGAGAAAAA